AUGCUCUCCUUACGGAGCCAUUCUGGCGCCCGAAAGUCCGGAUCCGGCUCUUCUAACCUCACUGAGUUUGACCGACCCGAUCGGGAUGACAGUGCUCACAUGGUGGACACAGACGAACAGAGACCAGCCAGGCCACUCCGCGCAAACGAGAUGAUCUUUUUCAAAGAUGCAGUGACGGAUAGCGGCAUCAAUGAACUCCACCGACUCCAGGCGCUCGCCCUUGCCGAGCUCUCCCAGAUGUCUGAGAACAUCUUGUCGUCUUCGCGCAAGGUUGAUGGGGUCAUUAAUCACCUCGAGGACGCGCUCAAUUCAUUCUUGAACAAGGUCGAAGGUGUCAUGAAUAAGCUUGAAGACGUGAUGGAGAAAGUCGAACGCAUCUCGGACAAGGUUGACGGGAUUGCCGAUCACAUUGAUACUCUCACUGAGCUCGUUCAGUCCAACCCGAAUGCCGCGACCCAUGCGACUGGCAAUGGACAUGUUGACGCCGAUGACGCGACAUCUACUGGCAGUGUGUGGGUCUGCGCGACGGAACUGCGGGGCAAAAUAUCCACCCAAGCUUACCGGUUCAUCAAUAAGGCCACCCUGGAUUCCUACACCGCCUUGGAAACCCCAGGACGAGUUUGGCUAGCUAACUCGCUCUACAAUAGCAUCAAGAGUGCCGUGCGUCAAAUCGCGGCAGUUGAACCACUGCUGCCGCGACAAGUCAACGGCGUUACCUCCGUCCUUGCGGCAAGGGCUUACGAUUCUGAAGUCAAGAACGUGUGCAAGCACGUCCGCGAGAAGCUUCACCUGCUGCUAUUGACUGGGGUAUAUGAUCCGAAAAACGCUGUGGUCCACGGCGCUGUGCCAACUCUGAAGUCACUGGUGCAUAAGAUUGCCAUUAAAUUUAGACAAGUGGCGGACCAUGUUCCGAUCGAGACCGUUUGGGCCAGCACCAGCGAACCUGAACGUGUUCGAAUGGCUUAUCUUGUGGGUUAUAAUCUCAUCAUUAGCGUGUAUUAA